AAAUCAACGAGGUUGAAACAUUUAUCCGACAUACCCAUCAGACCAGGCUGUGUGCCCCACAUCGACAAGAUCUGCAAAAUGGCCCCGGUAUCAAUCAAACGCAUUUUAAUCAGCGAAAGUGUAGACGCUUGUUGCAAGAAGAUUUUGCAAGAAAAUGGUAUCGAAGUUACGGAGAAACAGAACAUGACCAAGGAUGAGUUGAUUGCUGACAUUAAGAACUACGACGGUCUAGUGGUGCGUUCUGCCACAAGGGUGACAUCCGAGGUCAUCAAUGCAGCAAGCAACCUUAAACUCAUCGGGCGAGCGGGCACCGGAGUAGACAACGUGGAUGUGGAUGCGGCCACUAAAAACGGUGUAAUUGUCAUGAACACCCCAAGUGGCAACACAAUCAGUGCUGCUGAGCUGACCUGCGCUCUUGUCAUGAGUCUCUCAAGGAAUGUGCCACAAGCAGAUAUGUCAAUGAAGGCUGGAAAGUGGGACCGUAAAAAGUUCAUGGGCGCGGAGCUGUAUGGAAAGGUACUGGGCAUCGUCGGACUCGGGAGGAUCGGGAAGGAGGUUGCCUCCAGAAUGCAGUCUUUUGGGAUGAGGACGAUUGGCUACGACCCAAUCACUCCUCCGGAAGUUACCGCCUCCUGGGGGGUGGAGCAGAUGUCCCUGGAGCAGUUGUGGCCCCAGUGUGAUUACAUCACAGUGCACACCCCCCUCAUGCCCUCCACCACAGGGCUGCUGAACGAUGAAUCGUUUGCCAAGUGCAAGAAGGGAGUGAAGGUCAUUAACUGUGCUCGGGGAGGCAUCAUCGACGAGGCGGCCCUGCUCCGAGCUCUGGAGUCGGGGCAGUGUGGGGGUGCAGGCUUGGAUGUGUAUGUGGAGGAACCUCCAAAGGAGAGGGCGCUGGUGAACCACCUUAACGUGAUCAGCUGUCCCCAUCUGGGCGCCAGCACCAAGGAAGCCCAGGCCCGCUGUGGGCAGGACAUCGCCCUGCAGAUAGUGGACAUGGUGAAGGGCAAAGCACUCGUGGGAGCGGUGAAUGCCCAAGUGUUGGCCAGCACAUUCUCCCCCGAGUCUCACCAGUGGAUCAGACUUGGAGAGGCUAUGGGCGCAGUGUUGAGGGCAUGCACCUCCUCAAAGCAGCCCUAUAGCCAAGUGCAAAUCACCACCACAGGUGACUGCCUGAAGAAGUCCACUGGGUUCCUCAGCUCAGCGGCCGUGGUUGGGCUGUUGACCGACGGCUCCAGCAGUGGACCCAACCUGGUCAACGCGCUCACUCUGGCCAAGGAGAGGGGCCUGGAGGUGAACAUGAAGCAUGAUGGCGGUGCUGGAGUUGCGACGUGUGUGGUGGAGGUGUCUGUGAACGGCACGCGCAGCAAGGCCCAGGGCUCGGUGCUGGCUGAGGUGCCCAUGCUGGAGCAGCUGGAGGGCAGCCCGUUCAGGCAGCCCGUCCCCCUCGCUGGCCACCUGCUGUUCUUCAAGGCCGCUGCCUCGCCUCAGCUCCUACCCUCCAUCACAGGUGCCCUGGCAGCAGCAGGUGUGGAGAUGGAGUCAUUUAGCGCCCCCGCUGCCCGCGGUGGUGAGCAGUGGUACUGCGCGGGGACUUCCUCUCUGAUGGGAGAUCUUGGCUCCCUCAAGGCCUUGGUGAAGGAAGCGGCACAGAUUACAGUUUGAGAUGAGCAAGAAGCCUCUUUUCCCGAGGGACCAGUGUUGUAGCAUUCCACAAUCUAAUAAUCUAACGGUACUUUAAAUAAUGUUGAAAAGAUGUAUGUCAUUUAUUAACUUUUACAUCAGCUGUAUUAACAUUUCAGAUAUGAAAAGGUUUAUAAUGAGUGCCUGGGUAGAAUUGUUGUUUGACAUUUGUUUACAAAGUGCACUUACACAUGUUGCAGACAGGUUUACUAAGUGUACUUAAGGAGUUUAAUUACAAUCUAUCAAGUCUCAUCAAGUGUUUUCGUUGUUUACUAAAUAAUAAAAACUUUAAUCUUGGAGCA